AUUUUUCAAAACAAAUAGGAUCAAAAAAUCAAAAUAACAAAUAGUUAAUAGUUCUAAAUAUAUCCAAUCAUCUAAAACCAUUCAAUUUGAACCGCCAACAAUUAAUCCCCAAAAAUCAUCCACAAAAGCCCCAUAUUAACGAUUAUUUUGUGCCCUCCCGAACAUCUAACCUCCAAAAACGUUCAUGCCUCUCAUCAAAUAGCUCCGAAUGUUGAUGAUAUUGGAAAGUUGUAUUCCUAAGAGAUGGAUCCUGUAACAACGCAUAAUUUGGUGCUGGAAGUGCUGCACAGCGCUUCGAGUCAGGACCCGCAAGUGCUGAAACCGGCCGAAGAGAAGCUGAAGCAAUGGGAAACCGAACCAGGAUUUUAUAGUGUUCUUUAUAACAUUAUCGCAAAUCACACCCUAAACAUAAACGUAAGAUGGAUGGCAGUGUUGUAUAUGAAAAAUGGCAUCGAUAGAUACUGGAGAAAAAAUGCCCCAAAUGCCAUAUCCGAAGAAGAAAAAACUUGCAUCCGUCAAAACUUACUCACAAACUUCACAGAACCCAUCAGCCAAAUAGCCACCCAAAGAGCAGUGAUUAUAUCAAAAGUGGCCCGAAUCGAUUGCCCUAAAGAAUGGCCCGAACUAUUUCCCACUCUAUUACAAGCAGUCGAAAGUACUGACAGUUUGGUGCAACAUCGUGCUUUACUCACCUUACUUCAUGUAGUAAAAACUUUUGCUUCAAAAAGACUUGCAGGUGACAAAAGACAAUUUCAAGAAUUCACAAAUCAAAUAUUUGGCUAUAUUUUUACGCUUUGGAAUAAUUUCACUGACAGUUUUGUGCAAAGCGUAAUGCAAAGUGCGAGUCCGCAAGAGGUUCAGGUGUACCUGGAAAAAGCCCUUUUGACGCUGAAAAUUUUGAGGAAACUAGCGGUUUUUGGUUACUUCAAGCCUCACACGAGUAAAGAGUGCAUGACUUAUAUGCAAGUGAUUUUUCCUAAAGCUAAAAGUGCUCUAAUUUGUUAUAAAGAAAUGAAAUCUAAAGGAAUUUAUUUGACGGAUAGUUGUGAAAAAUUCAUAAUUCACUUGACGAAAGUGCUUUCAUCAAUGCUUGAUGUUCACCCUUUUUCAUUCAUAGACCUUAUACAACCUACUUUGGAAUUGUGCGUGUAUUAUUUAUUUACCGAUGAAGGAAUAUCGUUUUUAUUUGAAAGAUUAGUGAUACAAUGCUUUAAUCUUAUCAAAGCAAUUUUGCUUUGUGCAGAAUAUAGGGCAGCUAAGAUACCAGAAAUGACAAAAAAUCCAGAAACGUUGAGAGCCUACACCAUCAAACAGAGCUUUUUUAACCCGAAUCUUUUGACAGACAUUUGCAGAAAAUUGGUGGGCCACUAUUUUAUUUUGACUCAAGACGAACUGGACACUUGGGACGCUGAUCCAGAAGCUUUUUCCAAUGACGAGAGCGGAGACAGUUGGAAGUAUAGUUUGAGGCCAAGUAUGGAAAGAGCUUUCAUAACAGUAUUCCAUGAAUUCAAAGACAUUUUAACGCCUGUGAUAACAGAAAUGAUAGCGACAACAAAUGCAAUAGUACCACCGGAAAAUAUGCCUGAAAUCCUAAAAAAAGACGCAGUCUAUAACGCUACAGGCCUGUGUGCUUUUGACUUAUAUGACGAAGUUGAUUUUGAUUUAUGGUUCCGCAAUACUUUGGUACACGAAUUAAAAAUCAAGCACAACAAUUACAGGGUAAUCAGACGCAGAGUCACAGAUUUGAUUGGUAAAUGGAUUGGAAUUAAAUUGUCUGGUGAACUAAGGCCUGCUUUAUAUGAAUGCUUUGUUGGUUUACUUGCACCUGAAGAAGACAUGGUUGUGAGACUUACAGCUUCAGCCACAUUACGGUACGCUAUCGACGAUUUCGAAUUCAACUGUGACCAAUUCAAAGAUUACAUGUUUAACGCUUUUGACUUACUUUUCGGCUUACUGAAAGAAGCCAGCGAAUGUGAGACCAAAAUGCAAGUCUUAAAUGUUAUGUGUCUGUUACUGGAACGAAUGGGGAAUUCCAUAGUGCCGCAUUCGAAAGCGUUAGUCCAGUAUUUGCCGCACUUGUGGCAGGAAUCUGAAGAUCAUAACAUGCUUAGGUGUGCCAUUGUUGCCACUUUGGCUCAGCUAGUCAAAAGUGUUGGAGGAGUACCAGAAGAACUUAGCCAAUUCUUGCUUCCAAUAAUCCAAAUGGGAACCAACACAAACGAAGGUGCCAUCGUAUAUUUACUAGAAGACGCUUUAGAUUUAUGGUUAGCCGUCUUAGAAUAUUCGCCAGCCAUGACAAACGAACUUAUGCAGCUUUUUAAUAAUAUGCCAUCAUUACUAGAUUAUUCUACAGAAAAUCUUCGAACUUGUCUCUACAUAAGCCUAGUGCAUCUUUUGCUAUCUCCGGAAUGGGUAAUGCGCAGCCAGGGCCAUCAAAUAAUCACAAUUUGCGCCAGUUUAAUGGGCGACUUGAAAAACGAAGGAGUCGUGAUGCUUAUGAGGCUUGUGGAUACUUUUGUUAAGGUGCUGCCUGUUUUGGGCAGUGAAACUAUCAUGCCUAUUUUACCCAAGAUUUUUGAACGAAUCUACUUAGGCGUUGACUAUCCCUUAGUAAUGUCAAUGUUUCUAUCAAUCUUAAGCAGAGUCUUAUUGAGUUCCCAUGAAGUAUUUACACGAGUUAUCGCCCAAGUGGCUAGAGAAAAUAAUGAAAAUGACCAAAUUACUUUGGGCAAAAUAGUGGAUAAGUGGUUAACUAAAAUGGCAAAUGUUGCACAGCUGGAUCAAAGAAAGUUACUUGGCCUAGCAUUGACAAAUAUCCUAACGACUCAAUCCCAGCCAAUUUUGCAGCAUUUCAACCAAAUAAUGAAAAAUAUUCUUGAAACUUUACACGAUAUUACCAAAUCCGAAGAGGACGGGAUAAUGAUUGAUACUUUGGUUUUGGUAGAAGGCCAAAGUCCCAGCGAAUUCGAUGAAGACGGUUCCUAUUACGAAACCGAUCACGAUCACAGGAAAAAACAAUUAAUUCUAAGUGAUCCUGUACAUAAUAUUGUUUUGAGGGAUUAUUUACAGUCACAGAUUUUUGCCCUACAAAAUCAAAUAGGACCUCAAUACAAAGAUCUAAUAGCUACAUUAGAUGCUGAAGUCGUAUCGCAACUUAAAGACUACAUAACUUUUUAAGUCAUAUUUUUCAAGUAUAAGAUUUUUGCAUAUUUGAAUAAUUUUUUGUUAUUAUAAUUUUACAUUGUAAUUUUCACUAAAUAGGUAUUAUUAUUUUUCCAUCUGUUUUCUUUGUAAGGGUAAUUACUUGUAUUUAUAUUAUUAUACUAUUGUAAGUAUAUUGCAUUUUAAGAAAAAUAUAUUAAUAAAAACUUGUUGAAGAAUUUCAAGGGUAUUUUUUUUUAUGUCUACAAAAUUAAAAAUAAUCCUCGUCAGUCAUUUCAUCUCCGGAAGAAUCACCUUCAUAAUCUUCAAGUUUUGAAAAAUCAAUAUUUCUGAAUUCCUCAAUUUCCUCUGAUUGAAUUUUGUUUAUUUUUAGUGGAGUAGCUUUAGUUGGUUCUGGGUCAAUUUUGAUUUUCUUUGUGGUAGUUUCAACAACCGGACUAAUGAAACCUUCAAGGAUUUUUUGUUUAUGAAGCAGACGAUUUUUUUGUUUCACUUUUUUCUUGGACAAUGCAGAUUCGAAAUCGAAUUUUGGAGUCCU